UCCAAGGGGGGUCUGAGCACUGUGCUGGCCGCCUCCUCCCCAACCUCCUUCCGCCACUGGUUCAGACACAAGUGCCCCGCUCCCCUCAUGAGACUGUCGGCCACAGAGAUGAAGACUGUGGUGUGUCAGAUCAUGGAGUCGCGGAAGAAGUACAUGCAUCUUCCCCUGCUGCCCCUCAAGGACUACACUGGCCCGCCUGGCCUAGGCAAUGACCACAGCACAUCUUUCACCUCUCCGCCCACACAGCGAUGUAGGGUCAGACUCACCCCAGAGCGGGCCCUUUCCCAAUCCAGAACCAGCCAUGGGCACAGCCCCAAGACCAUGCGUCUGGAUAACCAGCCUGAGCCUGUACCCAGUCUUGCCAACGUCAAAUACCCAGGUCUGCAUGGGCAUGGCUGCAGCCCAUCCAGAGAGGGAGGUCUGUAUGAGGCGACUGUGGGGGCCCCGCCUGGCCAGCGCUCCAAGAGGGUAUCCCAGAUCCGCAUCCGGAAGACUGUUCCCAAACCAGACAAUAACCUCACGCCCAUGGGCCUGCCCAAACCAAAGAGACUGAAGAAGAAGGAGUUCAGCUUGGAGGAGAUUUACACCAACAAGAAUUAUAGAUCGCCCACUCCCAACAGGAGCCUAGAGACAAUCUUCGAGGAGCCCAAGGAGAAGAACGGAUUGCUGGUCUGCAUCGGCCACCAGAAGAGGAAGCGCGUGCUGAACUUCCCAGACUUCACACUGCCGCGCAAACGAAAAGCCAGAGCCAACCUGCUGCCCCUGCGCGUGAAGGGCCCCAGGGGCCGGGGCCGGAGGGGGAGGCCCGACGAUUCCGACCUGGACAUUAUGCUCAUCGAGAGGCUGAGCGAGCUGGAGGACUUCUUCACCUGCCAAGGCCUGGAGGACUGAGCAGUCCCUCAACACCCCCUCCUUCACAUCCAAAUGCACAGGAUGUGUCCCAAAUGGCACCCUGUUCAGCAUAUAGUGCUCUACUUUUGACCCAAGCCCACUGGGUCAAAAGUAGUCUCAUUUGUGACAUGCUACACAUGCAGUUCCUCAUUCUCAGUUUUUGUUUGGUGCACUUGAAAUAACUAGCCAGUCACAUUAUUGUUUUAUAACUGCUAGCAUUUGAAGAGCUAGAAAAGAGCAAAGGCAAACCGUGCCACCGGCCAGCCCAGGCACCGUGCCACUGGCCAGCCCAGGCACCGUGCCACUGGCCAGCCCAGGCACCGUGCCACUGGCCAGCCCAGGCACCGUGCCACUGGCCAGCCCAGGCACAUUUGUUAUUGUUUUGAGGAAAUGAGCGUUCGGCAUCGUUAAAAAUAAAUAUAUUUGAACAUACUGUGCUGUUCUACUGCAGUGUUUGUUGUUUGAAGUAAAGUCUUUGUUGUAAUGUUGCAAACGGACGUUGCUGCUUCACCGCUAUGGAUUCCAACUUUAAUGCCUUAGUGGAAGUUUAAAGUCAAUCCAGCAAAGAUAUGAUUUUGUUGAUAGACAAUGAAUAAUGGUUGAACAAUAACUGUCUUCUUAGGAACUGAUAAUUGAAACAGAAUUUGGAACACUGAUACCUAAAUGUGUGUGUUCGUUCGCACACAUGAAGCUUUUGCGUAUGAACACUGUAGAAUACACAAGCACAUGGGUGGCAAGUUCACCAACCCAUACCCGAGCACUUUCCUUCUUACCUUAUUCAGACCAUGUGACCUGUACUGGGAAAAACUCUGGGUUGUAGUUAAGGCCCAGAAUCUUUGUUAGGCAGGUGGUCGCAUGGUCAGGAAAAACUCUUGUCCCUAACCGUUUUCCAUUUGAUGGGGGUGUUUGAGGAGGUCAUGUGCACUGAGUGCUCCUUGCUUCUAGUACAGUGAGAGUGUGGGCUGUGUGCCUGUAGUUAUUUUCCUAAUUCCUAUUGCUGCUAUACCCCCUACCUAGUAUAUUGCUAAAUUAUAUUAUAGAUGUUAUGUCAAAGUUCAGAACAUCAGUUUUAUUUUUGAAACCACGUGAUCCAUAGUCAUAUGCGGUGCAUUGGGAAGGUAUUCAGACCCAUUUCCUUGUUCAAUAUUUUGUUACGUUAAAGCCAUCUACACAUUAUACCCCAUAAUGACACAGGGGGAAAAAAAAUGUUUUAUACAUUUUUGACACAAUUAUAAAAUAGACUGCCUUAGAUUGGAAGACCUAACCUGGUUGCCAGAUCUAUUUAUACUUCUUGCGUUAUCAUACCAAACAGUCUGGCCUUAGUGCAAUCUCAUUUUCACAUUGCAUAAUGACUGUCAAGAUACAUUUAUGCUUUAGCAAUAUCCUUAUCUGGGAACCAGGCUAUAACUAUUGUUGUAGUGUUUGCUUACCUCUGUGCAUUUUGUUAUGACAACAUUUGUUAUGAAACACUAAUUUCAGGUGAAUAAUUAGUUUUUGAACUGUGGUCAGUCAUCAUUACAUAUCAGACAGGUCUUGGUGCGGAUUGAAGUGGAAACGGUGAGCUCCGCAGCCACACACAUUGACAUAAUCUGCUCUUGAAUUGCUCAGCACAAAAUGAAAGUGUCAUUAUCUGACAGUGAUCUAAUGGGGUUUGUAUUUAACGCCCAAAUAAUUCACUGUUCAUACUUAAGUUUUUUAUUCAUUUUCUUUUGUAUUGUAUUGUACUUUCUAAGAGAGAACUCAUGUGGUUUGCAAUCAUUGUUUGUAUACUUCUCUGCUACCCUGGACCUAUUUGCCAGUAGCUUUUCUUGUGUGGUAGAAGUCUUCACUUAUUGACCCCCCCCCCAAGAGAGCCAGACCCCAUGAAGUGUUCUAUUGCACCUUCUCUCCCGUCCUCUGACCUCUGCUCUUCAGGCCAGAGAUUGAAUUGUAGAAACAAGUUAUUUUAAUUUAGCUGUAGCAGAGGAUUAUUUGUGUUUACACUGGUGUGCAGUGUAAGAAGUGACACACUUUGGAAUGUGAGAAUAUGAAUUUUAUAUUGUUUUUUCAUUAAAUCCCUCCUAUUGUUUAUUUCAUCCUCUGUUAAAAGUGAUGGGUGCUUACUGCAUCUCAGACUGAAGGUUAGCACUGUCAAUUAUUGUAAUAUAUUUUUAUGAAUAAAAUGGCAUUGAAAUGUGUCGUUUCUUAAUAGGUUU